CGCAGCCGCGGCAUGUGGUGGGGUCGCUGCGCACUUGUCUCCCGCCGCCGGGUCCUGCCGCCCCUCCGCCCGGCCCUGCCGCGCCGACAGCCCGAUUGGCAAAGAAAAAUCCUGUCUCAGGAUCCUGUCAAGUAAGGUGCCUUCAUGUCCUACAUGUUAGCCAACUGAAUCCCUGCCAGGCUUGGUCAUGCCACAGCACUCCUGUUUCCUGAUAAAAUAUAUUGCAGUGAAUCUGGAAGUGAUAUAAGAAAGAAUUGCUCCUGGGAAGAGAAGCCUCCCUGUAAGGCCAACCCUGAAGAUGUGGACUGCCAUUGUAUUCUUCCUGCUGAUUUCCUUCUGUAUAUGCGAACACAGGUUUUCUGUCCUGAAAGGGAGAGGAGUCCACGUAGUGCGAAUAAGCAAGCUUACAACUGAAAAGCGGUGCAGGCAGGCUUGUCAAGGCCCGGGUGCUUCAGGUAACCAUCCCUGUAACAGGUCCGUGCCCUACCGAAAUCGCUGCAUCCUCUUGUGGUGUCACCAGCUGAGUGUGUGCCAGAAUGCCAGAGAACAAGACAUCAAAGAUCUGCUUGGAGAAAUUGUCAGUGGGAAAAGGGAAACAGUCACGUUUCACCACCAAAGCUAUCCACAGAAAAAGGAGGGGAUGGUGAAUGCAUGGGUUGACCGACACAACGUGGAAAACCUGUUUUCCUCAACUGCUUCGACUCACAAGAUUCACUUGAGGCAUUUGCUCGAGGUUGGGAGUGAAGAUGUAACGAUGAAUAGAACAAAACCAAUUGCAAGCAAUGUGACCACCACCACCGCCACAGCUGUGACGACAAACGUUACAAACGCAACUGUCCUCACUACAGCUCAUGAAACAAUUGCCAAAGCCUCCAAUGUCUCUGGAAGUUCUGGUCUCCUUACUGAAGCCGUGUCAUCCACUGCCUCUUCUCCCACUUCUGGUAACAUCUCUGCUUCCACUUCCAGCCAUGUCACCAAGCUUGUGACCCCCACUGAUAAAUCAGGAAAUAGUAGCUCUGUCUCAGUAUCGUCCCCCACUUCUACUUCUGCUCCCUUCACUAUCAUUCCUGAAGCAGAUACUCAGUUGUCUCAAGGAGAGCAGUUUAACCCAACCACCACCAGCACUCUCCGCUCUAGUAGCCCCACCAUUGUUGGAGCAGGCCCAAAGCCACUGGGCACAACGGCCACCCUCGCCCCGCAGGAUGCAGGAGUAUCUUCCAGUGCUUCCACUCAUGCCACGGCACUCACCCCCGUGGAGAGUUCACGCUCUGCACACCCACUGCCUGUCGUUACGUUGCUGUAUCUAGAGCCAGAAGCACAUACAGCCACAACAGCCUUGAGUAAAUCAACUUCUCUUCUGGGCUCUACGAGGGGUGCCAUGGUUUUAACUACUGCCUCUACAGCAGAAACUACGACUGGGCACGGGAUAAAGUCAACAUCUCGCAUUUUUUCAACAACCAUGACUCCAGCAGAUGCACCCAACACAACAGCUUCGGGCCUUGCAGAAACUCAGGACACAGACAAUGAAUAUCUUCUCAUUGCUGCUGAGCCCCUGGCUCAGUACUUGGUGGAUAAAAGUUCGCUUCUUGCAGUGCUUUUAGUUGGUACUUUUUUUUUCAUAACUGUUAUAGUUCUUUUCCUUAUGCAGGCCUAUGAGAGCUACAAGAAGAAGGAUUACACACAAGUGGAUUACCUGAUCAAUGGAAUGUACGUGGACUCGGAGAUGUGAAAGGGUGGGGAUAAAACAGUGGGCAGAGAUGGAAAGGAGAUUGAAAGCCUGCCUGACUUGUUUUUCUUUCCUAUUUUGCCUAUAACACAAACUGAAAGUGCUUCCAAAUUUACUUCUAGUGCAAUUGAGGAGAAAUGCCAUGUACUGUAUUAAGAAAAAAAAGAUAAACUUUAUUCAACUGUGCGACAGGUUGCUGUAAACAAAGUAAUUUUUAAGACUUCCAUCCAUAAUGCACAAUAGCUUUGGCCAUUAUUUUUCAUUGCAAAACAAACCUAACAAGGGGUAAGCCGUCAUCCUUGGAAAAUGCUGUGGCACUUUUUCAACUGUUUACAGUGCAAGUUCCUUGUGUUUCAUUUGUUUCAUGUGUGCUCCUCCAAAAACAGAGCAAAGGAUGCUCUGACCUUUUGCGGAGUGCUCUGAAAUCGCCCGAUGAGGAGUGUGGAGUAUUAGUGUAACAGGGAACUUUUCAUCCAACGUGUGUCAUGUUUCAAUAUGCUUCUUGCUUGUGAAGAGGUCUGUUUACAAGGCGUUGUAAACUCGGUUUACUGCUAACCCAAGGUAUCUUUUCACCAUGGAGCGGAUUACUGUGCCUCUGCACCUAAAUGAUCUUAUUUUUGUAUUCACUUAAUAAAUGGGGCCCUGGACGGGCGUAUCUUGUUGCAUUUCUGUUUUCAUUCCUGUCCCUGCCGAUUCAGAAACAGGCUAGUGGGCUUUUGGGGCUUAAGCAAAUUAGCUCUACUUCAAUAUUCCAAGUAUGGGGGCUUUGAAGACCUCACUGGAAAUAUGGACAUGCCACAGAAGAUGCUGAUCAUCUUCCAGGCUACUGCUUCUGUAAUUUCAGAGCAGUAUGCUGCCAGUCUCCCAGCAGAGGGCAACUGAACCCUGGUUUCUGCCACCUUCCAGGAGGUGCCUGUGUGCAGUGUCUCUACAACGAGGUGCUGGGAUCAUCCCCCAGCAUAGCUGGGGAGUUGCAAGUUGCACCCCACUGCCAUGCCUGGGACUCUUCACCUCUCAGCACAACUGUUCUGAGCCGUUAGCAGAUGUCAGGCAGAUGCUGCUCUACAACCACGAAGUCCAGAGACUUAUCUUUACAUAGGAAUCUCAGGUUUCACCUUAAUUGCAGGGAAGGAGAGCAUGGAUCUGGCACAGAUGGAGGGAUGGCUCUGCAGGGUCGUGGCUGAAGUAACCUGCAGGUUUAAUGCUACUCUGGAGGACUGAAGUGCUACCAUUCUGCACCAGGACAAGCCCUGCUUCACAGAAUGUUGUUGGAAGAACAUGAUAAAUAUACUUUAUGGGAUUUUACGAGGCUUUAGGAAAGAGGUUUCACAUUGUUUAAUUUAUGAAGGUAAUAAAAGAUCAAGAAGCCUACUAUGAUUACAGUUUGAAGUCAUCAAA